AUGUGCAUGCACCAGAGAGGGCUCCGCCCAAUCCAGGAGGUGCGUCCUCCAGGCCCCCGCGCAUGCAGUCACGCACUCUCCACGCCCGCAAAGGCCGUCACAGCCUCGCAAGUCGUGGUGUCCCACACCGCCACCGUCCCCGCCGCCCCGCCCGCGGCCACCAGCAUCGGCGCGUCGGCGCAGAAGCCGGCGGAGAACACGGCCCCGACCUUGAGGUCCUGGGUGGCCAGCAGGGCCGGCUCGCCGCCGCCCCGGGUGUCCCACAGCUUGACCUGGUGCAGGGUUUUUGAUUGGCAGCGAUGA